UCCUAAGCAACUGCACAGAGGCUCACAACCUUCAGCUUUGCAUGCAAAGCCACCUCCCUCAAGAAAACUUCGACGUCCAAACUCCCCAGCCUACCGAGGACUCGAAGCCCCGCAGCCGUCAUCUCGGGCAGAAUCUUCGCUCCAGCUGCAGCGCGAGGACAGGCAGCUCUAACAACAGCCGGACUACAUUUCCCGGGACCUUCCUUAGACACCCUGAACCGGCGCUAGCGAACGGCUGAGUCACAGGAAGCGACCAACUACAAUUCCCUGCAUGCCUAGCGCUUAAAUGGCUGGAAAGUUAGCAUGAGAAAGGCUGUUUUGACAGCUCCGAUUGGCCGGUCUUAUCAAAAUCCAGAAGUGGGCGUGCUCACUGCAGCCUCUACCUAGGAUAAAACCGUGUUGGUCUUCAAGGUGCCCCCCGGACUCUGCGCUCUGUUGCGCUGCUUCAGCCCAACGCGGCUCUGCAGCUGAACCCAAGCCCGUUCGGUGAUUGGUUGUCGUCGCGCCUCUGACUCCACCUAUCCUCGGUGUAGGCGCAUGUGGCAGUGCUAAGCAGGGACGGCCAUGGCGGAGUCCGGAGAUGGGACAGAGUCGGGGUCCGUCGCAGAAGGGUCAGCGGCUCUGCUGCUCCUGGCAGGGGGAGACGGGGAUGCAGAAGAGCUCGUGGAAGUGGUGGACCUGGAGUCGCCCGAGCCUGAUGAUCUGGCCAAUGAGAUGGAAGAUGUGGACUUAGAAGAAGAAGUUGCUUGGGAGACUGAGGAGGAAGAUGAGGGGGUGGAGGAAGGCAUGGAGGCACAAGAUGAUAGUGAGGUCACAUUUUCAAAGCAUACAGCUUCUGUUUUCUGUGUCAGCAUUGAUCCUAAGACCAACAUGUUGGCAGUGACAGGUGGAGAAGAUGACAAGGCCUAUGUAUGGCACCUCAGUGAUGGCGAGCUCUUCUUUGAAUGCUCAGGUCACAAAGACUCUGUCACUUGUGCUGGUUUCAGCCAUGACUCCACCUUCGUGGCCACAGGUGACAUGAGUGGACUGAUCAAAGUAUGGCGGGUGGACACCAAAGAGGAAGUCUGGUCUUUUGAAGUGGGUGACUUGGAGUGGAUGGAGUGGCAUCCUCAGGCCCACAUCCUCCUAGCUGGCACAGCUGAUGGCAUUUCUUGGAUGUGGAAGAUCCCUGGCGGAGACUGCAAGACGUUUCAAGGGCCAAACUGUCCAGCCACUUGUGGCCAUAUCCUCCCUGAUGGGAAGAGAGCUGUGGUUGGUUAUGAAGAUGGGACUGUGCGCUUCUGGGAUCUGAAGCAAGGCAGCUCACUGCAUGUCUUAAAAGGUCAAGAUGGGCACCAGGGGCCUUUGACUUGUGUGGCCAGUAAUAAGGAUGGCAGCCUAGUUCUUACGGGCUCCGUUGACUGCCAUGCCAAGUUAGUGAACUCUGCAACUGGCAAGGUUGUCUUUGAGUUCAGAGCAGAGAGCAAUGUCCCCAAGCCUUCAUCAGGCAAAUCAGAGGAAGCUGAAUCCAACUCAGUUGAGUCCCUGGGCUUCUGCAGCGUAAUGCCAUUGGCAGCUGUUGGCUACCUGGAUGGGACCUUGGCUAUUUAUGAUCUCUCCACUCAAACCCUGAGGCACAAAUGUCAACACGAGUCAGGGAUUGUGCAGCUCCUGUGGGAAGAGAACUCGCCCGUGGUCUACACUUGUAGCCUGGAUGGUGCCGUGUAUCUCUGGGAUGCACGUUCUGGCAAGCUGAUCAGCGAGUAUCGAGGCCACUCGGCUGAAAUCUUGGACUUUGCUUUGAACAAAGAUGCUUCCAUUGUGGUCACCACUUCUGGGGAUCACCAAGCCAAGGUGUUCUGUGUACAACGGCCUGACCGCUAACAGUGCCUCAGUUGGGCUACGGGUGGCACUGUGAAGGAGGAGGCCUGUGUGGAUGCUGGCAGCUGCACCCCUGGGGCUGUGGUGGGGUGGCGGGUUAGUUAAGGGGACAUCUAACCUUACGCGAAGAAAGCUUUGCCACCCUAUUCCCUGGUGGUUCCAGGCCUGACUUCUGGAGUUUUGUACUUUUAAAAUAUAUAAGUUAUUCUGCGGGCCUGGAGUACAUUGUGCAGCCAUAAAGCACCCAAGGCAAAUGAUGUCUGAUGUAGGACCGGAUCACUAGCUCCAUUCAGUGUGACAGUUGUGAGGAAGGUGUGGCCAUGCCAAAUAGAAAGAUACCCACAAAUCUUUUCCAGGUUCAGCUAGGGCUCUCCAUUUGUUUAACGGGAUUCGAAGUCCUGGUAAUCGGAGGGAUUUCCUUCCGCACUUCAACCUAUACACUUUGUCUGGUAGAUUGCUUUGCAGCUACAGAAAUGGACAAAAAUGUCCUCCUCUUGUUAAAAACCUUUGUCUUGAACAUUGGUUCAAGAAAGUCAUGUGACAGGGAGUUAAAAGGUCUCAUUUGUGCCCAAGUUCUGAUGCACUAUCCUAGGGAAAUCAGUUUAAGGGUGGUUUAAUGUAUCGCCCAGGGUUGGGCAUUAGAUCAGUUCCCCCACCCCCAAUACUUGAUCAGAUAAUCAAUCUUGCCUGGACUGUCAGAUUACACUGUAAUGCAAUAAUAAAAAAAAACCCCUGCCAA